CGAGCAGGCUGGCUUAGCUGACUGCCGAAUGCAUCGAUGUGAACGCCGAAUGCAUCGAUGUGAACGCCUGAUGCAAUCCGCCACAACUAGGAACUGGGUGAUCAGCUGGACACGCGUGAGCCACACCGGAGAGGAGACGAUCUGAGGCCGUGCCUGUAUUCCGGAUUGUAAACUCCCUUCUUCUAAUCUGAUAACAUGGGUGACUGUCUGACCCCUGAAGGGAAGGCACAGCUCAUUACACGCAACCUGCAGGAAGUCCUAGGAGAGGACAAACUAAAGGAGAUCCUGAAGGAAAGAGAGGUGCGGGUGUACUGGGGCACAGCUACCACCGGAAAACCACAUGUAGCUUAUUUUGUACCUAUGUCAAAAAUUGCUGACUUUUUAAAGGCUGGCUGUGAGGUGACAAUUCUAUUUGCUGACCUCCAUGCAUAUCUCGAUAACAUGAAGGCUCCAUGGGACCUCCUGGAACUGCGAACUCGUUAUUAUGAGCAGGUUAUCAAAGCCAUGCUACAGAGUAUUGGAGUACCAUUGGAAAAACUACGCUUUGUCAGAGGGACAGAGUACCAGCUCAGCAAGGAAUACACACUGGAUGUGUACAGACUCUCCUCAGUAGUCACGCAGCAUGAUGCUAAAAAAGCUGGAGCAGAAGUUGUGAAACAAGUGGAACAUCCACUGCUUAGUGGUCUUCUGUAUCCUGGAUUGCAGGCCUUGGAUGAAGAAUAUCUGAAAGUUGAUGCACAGUUUGGGGGAGUAGAUCAAAGGAAAAUUUUCACAUUUGCUGAAAAGUGCCUGCCUGCUCUUGGUUACACUAAGCGUAUUCAUCUUAUGAACCCUAUGGUUCCAGGACUCACAGGAAGCAAGAUGAGUUCUUCUGAGGAGGAAUCAAAAAUAGACCUUCUGGACUCCCCAUCAGAUGUGAAAAAGAAGCUAAAAAAAGCUUUCUGUGAACCAGGAAAUAUAGAGAGUAAUGGAGUAUUAAGCUUUGUCAGACAUGUCCUCUUUCCUCUGAAGUCAGAGUUUGUCGUUCUUCGGGAUGAGAAGUAUGGCGGGAACAAAACAUACAUAGACUAUGAGACUUUGGAAAAAGACUUUGCUGCGCAGGAAGUGCAUCCUGGAGAUCUUAAGGCAUCUGUGGAGAAAGCUUUGAAUAAAUUGUUGGCUCCCAUUAGAGAGAAAUUCAACAGCCCUGAAAUGAAGAAACUUAGCAACGAUGCCUAUCCUGACCCCACAAAACAAAAGUCUGUCACUAAAACCGCCAACAAGAGUGCUGAGCCAGAGGAUCUUAUUCCAUCUCUUCUUGAUUUACGAGUUGGUAAAAUCCUGAGUGUAAGCACGCAUCCAGACGCAGACACAUUGUAUGUUGAGUCAGUAGAUGUGGGUGAGGAAAAUCCACGUACUGUGGUUAGUGGAUUGGUGAAAUAUGUGCCCUCUGAAGAAAUGCAGGGACGUUCUGUUAUUCUACUAUGCAACUUAAAGCCUCAGAAGAUGCGAGGAGUAGAAUCUCAAGGCAUGCUGCUUUGUGCAUCAAUCGAUGGGGACAAUAGACGGGUAGAACCUCUGGACCCACCUGCAGAAUGUGUUCCUGGUGAGCGAGUCUAUGUUGAGGGAUAUGAAAAUGGAAGUCCAGAAGCAGAGCUUAAGCCGAAGAAGAAAGUGUUUGAAAAGUUGCAGGCCGAAUUUAGGAUCUCUGAGAAUUUGCAUGCUCAGUGGAAAGAAAAGAAUUUCCUAACUAAACAAGGGCCGGUAACCUGUAAAACACUACGAGGGGGCAGCAUUAGCUGAUUGCAUGGAACAUUUUCUCUCUUGUACACAAUAGAUAUUAUCUUUUAACUAAUUCAGUGCCAGGGGGCUCACACCCCUAUAUAGAUAGAUAACAGUUAAAUGUCUUAUUUAUAUCAGUAGGUGCAUGUGACUGGGACAGCAUCUGCAAUCACCAUUCCCAAUACCUUGUCAUCAGAAGAAUGUAUAUUGUCAUAAUAAAAACUUUAUCAAAUA